UGCCUUGUGGUAGGUAUGACGAGCCUCGCCUAUAAAGACCAUAAGUCCAGGCCCCAAAGUUCGCAGUUAGAAGGUAUAGCGGAGCGGGUGAAAGAGACCGCAAUGGAGCUUGCCGUCGCCAUCGUCCUCUUGGCCGCCCUCGUGACUUCGUCCCACGCUUCUUCGCGCGUGGAAGACCCCCCAUUCCCGCUCCCCAUCCACCUCCUGCGCCCCCUGUCCGGCUCCGGUGCGCACCGGUUGAGCGGCGUGACGUGCGAGAGCUGGCGCGUCGCGGUGGAAGCCAACAACAUGCGGGGGUGGAAGACCAUCCCCCGCACCUGCGAAGGGUACGUCGGCCACUACAUGCUCGGCGGUCUCUAUCGCAGGGACUCGGCAGUUGUCGCCGGGGAGGCCGCGAAGUACGCCGAGAGCCUCGACCUCCGCGCCGACGGGAAGGACGUCUGGGUCUUCGACGUCGAUGAGACCACCCUAUCCAAUCUCCCUUACUACGCUCGCCACGGCUUUGGGGUCGAACUGUAUAAUGCUACAUCAUUCAAUGCAUGGGUGAUGAAGGGGAAAGCACCUGCGCUGCCAGAAAGUUUGGAGCUAUAUAAGAAAUUGUUGUCUCUAGGCAUCAAAAUUGUAUUCUUGACGGGUAGAACCGAGGAUCAAAGGGACAUCACGGCUCAUAAUCUCAAGAUGGUCGGAUAUCAUACAUGGGAAAAACUCCUGCUAAAAGGGUUAAACGUGAGUGGCUCGAGCGUGGCGUAUAAGUCGGGUAUGAGGCAGAAAUUGGAAGAGGAAGGUUAUAGCGUUGUUGGAAACAUUGGAGAUCAGUGGAGUGAUAUCUUGGGGCAACCAGAGGGUGGUCGUACUUUCAAGGUUCCUGAUCCAAUGUACUACAUUAGUUAGAACAUCUGCUGUACUUCAGUUCAUCUAGAGUUUUCAUGUCUAUCGUGUUUCAAUUUCUGAAAGAUAACGUCCUGGAUGCUGCGUCUACUCUGUUCUUAGUAAACAGGGGGCAGCAUCUUGCUAUCUCCUACUUCAAUCUUUUAAAAAAAAGCUCGGAUGAUUUGAAGGUUUGGUAAUAAAUGAGAAAUAAAACUUAAUUGUCCCAUGCUAAUGAGACUUAAAA